AUGUUGGGGGUCAGCACUGAGAGGAGGGAGGCUCACAGGACCCUCUUCUACUUUGUCGUUACCUGUAGCCCCAACGUGUGUGCGGUGCAGAAGCUGAUCGGCACCAACAGGAAAUACUUCACCAACUGCAAGCAGUGGUACCAGAGGAAGAUCUGCGGGAAGUCAACAGUAAUCAGUUACGAGUGCUGUCCUGGAUAUGAAAAAGUUCCUGGAGAAAAAGGCUGCCCAGCUGCACUGCCGCUCUCGAACAUCUAUGAAACCCUGGGAGUUGUUGGGUCUGCCACCACGCAGCUCUACUCCGACCGGUCCAACCUAAGGCCAGAAAUUGAAGGACCUGGAAGUUUUACAAUUUUUGCCCCAAGUAAUGAGGCCUGGGCAUCUUUGUCUGCUGAAACUCUGGAUUCCUUGGUCAGUAACGUUAACAUUGAGCUGCUCAACGCCCUCCGCUACCACAUGGUGAACAAACGGGUCCUCACAGAUGAUCUGAAACAUGGAACCACACUGAACUCAAUGUACCAGGACCUGCCUAUCCAGAUUCACCACUAUCCCAAUGGGAUUGUGACUGUGAACUGUGCCAGGCUGUUGAAAGCUGACCACCAUGCCACCAACGGAGUGGUUCACGUCAUCGACAAAGUCAUCGCCACUACCACGAACAGCAUUCAGCAGAUCAUCGAGACUGAGGAAAGCCUGGAAACUCUUCGGGCUGCUGUGGCUGCUUCUGACCUCAACAGCUUGCUGGAGAGCAAAGGCCAGUACACGCUCUUGGCUCCAACCAACGAAGCCUUUGAGAAGAUCCCACGAGAAACCCUGAACAGGAUCCUGGGGGACCCAGAAGCCCUGAGGGUUCUUCUAAAUUAUCACAUCCUGAAGUCAGCCAUGUGUGCUGAGGCCAUCAUUGCUGGCCUGACGAUGGAGACUCUGGAAGGCACCACCUUGGAUGUGGGCUGCAGUGGGGAAGAGCUGACCCUCAACGGGAGGCCCAUCAUCGCCAACAAAGAUGUCCUGGCAACCAACGGUGUCGUGCAUUUUGUUAAUGAGCUGCUGAUCCCGGACUCAGCUAAGACCCUGUUUGAGUUGGCACAAGAAUCUGAAGUUUCCAAGUCUAUGGACCUUUUCAGACAAGCUGGUCUCAGUUCUCAUCUAACUGGCAGUGAGCAAGUGACCCUCCUUGCCCCAGUGAAUGAUGUGUUCAAAGAUGGACUUCCCAGUGUUGACAGCAACAUGAAAAACUUGCUUCUGAACCACAUUGUUAGAGACCAGCUCUCCUCUAAAUAUCUUUACCAUGGACAGAAACUCCAGACUCUGGGUGACAAGGAACUGAGAGUUUUUGUGUACCGCAAUAACCUUUGCAUUGAAAAUGCCUGCAUUGCUGCCCAUGACAAGAGAGGAAGGUUUGGGACCCUCUUUAGCGUGGACAAAAUGUUGACUCCCCCAACUGGCUCCGUGAUGGAUGUUCUCAAGGCAGACCAUCGCUUCAGCACAUUGGUGGCUGCAAUCCAGUCUGCAGGUCUGACGGAAAACCUGAACAGGCCGGGUACCUUCACGGUGUUUGCUCCAACAAACGAAGCUUUCCGAGCCAUGCCCCAGGGGGAGCUGAACAAACUCAUGGGUAAUGCCAAAGAGCUUGCCAACAUCCUCAAGUUCCACAUGGCCGAUGAGAUCCUGGUGAGCGGCGCGGUCGGUGCCCUCGUGAGGCUGAAGUCCAUGCAGGGAGAUAAACUGGAAGUCAGCGUGAAAAACAAUGUAAUACAUAUCAACAAGGAGCCUGUUGCUGAAAGCGAUAUCAUGGCCACGAAUGGGGUGAUUUAUGCCGUGAACUCUGUGUUACAGCCUCAGGCUUCAAGGCCACAAGAAAGAGGUGAUGAGCCUGCGGAUCCCGCAUUAGAAAUCUUCAAACAAGCAUCUGCGUUAUCCAAGGUUUCUCAGAGGACUCCUCGACUAGCACCUGUCUACUCCCGGCUACUAGCGAGGAUGAAGGAGAACUCGGGUGGAUUCUGAGCCGUG